GAGCAAUCAAUUGAGCCGAACGAUCAGUGAUCAUCAGAGCCAAAUACCGCUUAAUGUGCAAAUAAUUACCAAUUCAGAGUCUAAAAGUCUCUUUUUGGGGCCUAUAUAAAUAGUGGUACGACCUUUGCGGGAGUUAACCAUUCGUGUUACUUUCGAAACGUUGAAAAAUGUUUUCCAAACUUGUUUUCCUUUUGCUUGGUUGCAUGGCCUUCGAUGCGGCUCUGGCUUGUAAUGGCUACAAGGCCAAACUGGUCAAAAUGGAUAAUUGUGCUGGAGACGAUGCCAUUAUGUCUGUGGACGAUGAUUUCAGCAUCAAGUUAAACAAGAAAUGCGAACUGGUUCCCUCGGGUUGCAUUAAGAACAAGCCAUUCACCACGGCUAUAGCUAAAUUCAAGGUCCAAAAAGAUGGCAUUGUGAUGAAGGAGGGUAAAAUGGAUUUAUGCGCUGCUAUUGAUCAAGCUUCAACCGAGGCUAAGGAUAUUAUGAAACUUUUCGGUGCCCCAUCAUCUUGUCCGGUGGCCGAAGAAAAGGUCUGCUCCAAUGAGCAUACAGUUGAUCUAUCCAAGUAUAAAUCCAUGUUGGGCAUGGCUCGUGGUCAUCUGAUCAUUGAUUCCGAAAUUAAGCAUGACACUGGUAAAUCCUGUUUCCAUGCCGAAAUCGAAAUUACCAAGAACUAAUGCUAUAGUCAUUCCACCCCUGGGCAUCUAAGGAUUAACCAAUUCUAUUAUGAGUCUUGCAAAUUGUUUUAGUUGUAAAUAUUAAAUAAACUUGGUAAAGAGGUGCACGAAAUAAGCAAUCGAA